AUGACGAAGCCAAUCACAGUCUGGUUGACACCCCCCGGCCCGAACUCAUGGAAGGUCAUCACCGUCAUGAAAGAAUUGGGCGUGCCCUAUGAGAUCCACUCGUUCCGGUUCGAAGACGUCAAGAAGCCGCCAUUCAUCAACAUCAACCCCAACGGGCGAGUCCCAGCCAUUGUGGAUCCCAACACCGACGUGACCCUCUGGGAGUCCGGUGCCAUCCUGCAGUAUCUCGAGGAGGUCUACGAUACCGAGCACAAGCUCACCUACGCCUCCCUGAAGGAGAAACAUAUCCUGAACCAGUGGCUUCACUUUCAGAUGAGCGGACAAGGCCCGUACUUUGGGCAAUGCGGAUGGUUCAACGUUCUCCACCACGAGAGACUCCCCUCCGCCAUGGAGCGAUACGUCAGUGAAGUCCACCGCAUCCUGGGGGUGUUGAACACCGCAUUAGAAGGCCGCACGUGGCUCGUCGGCGAGAAAUGCACCUUUGCGGACCUGGCGUUCUUGCCGUGGAAUGCUAGAGUCAAUAUGACGCUUCUGACUCCCGAGGGCGAGGACCCUCUGGCGCCGCAUCCGAAUGUGCAGGCGUGGCAGAAGCGCAUGGAGGCGCGCGAGUCAUGGCAGGAGGCGAUGCGGGAGAGGGAGAAGCUGAUGGAUGAGCAGGGGUUGAUGCCUAAUGGAAUGCCAAAGGGGGUGAAUACUAUUAAGGAGUUCGAGGAGCUGAUGGCGAAGGCGCCGGAGGGGCAGUGA